UGCACCACACAUCCUUUCGGGACUACUUGCAAAAACGUGCUCGCAUCUACUUUACUUUUCUCAUCUUUUCAACUAAUUCCUUCGGUGGAAAUCAAUACCUCUGACUAAUCAUGACUCUUGAGGAGGUCCCCGUGCAGCAGAACAACAGCAUCGAGAAGGCUCGCCGUACCGGAGAGGCUCUGCAGGAAGCCCUGGAGUCUGCCCAGGCUAACGACUGCCUCACCAUUGGCGUGUACGAGUCUGCUAAAGUCAUGAAUGUUGAUCCAGACAGUGUUGCAUUCUGUGUUCUGGCCAUGGACGAGGAGUUCGAGUGCGAUAUCGCUCUGCAGAUCCACUUUACUCUCAUCCAGGCCUUCUGCUUCGACAACGACAUCAGCAUCGUGAGAGUGAGCGACGCCCAGCGUCUUGCAGAGCUUCUGGGAGACAAAGCCGGGCAGCUGGAGGAUGCACACUGCGUGCUCAUCACGAACCCCACUGAUGGCUCGUGGGAAGACCCCGCUCUAGAGAAGCUGCACGUGUUCUGCUCGGAGAGCCGCAGCUGUCACGAGUGGGUUCCUGAGGUGACCCUGCCCGCGCGCUGAGCUGAGCUCUGCUGCUGCUGCUGCAAGUUUUGAAGGAAAUGCUCUCCUCAUUCUGAGGAUCGAGGAUUAUUUCUCAAGCUCCUGUGGAGGCUAAUGAGCGAACGCGCUCAUGCACGCAGGCCGCGCGUGGACAGGCCCGGGCGGCUCUUGUGUCGCUCCUCGUGCCCCGCGCACGUCGAGCAGAGCCCCCUCCUCGUUUGUGUGAGUGAGGGGCAGCCCGGGCCGAGAGCGAGCCGACGGCCCUCAUUCUUUGUGCGGAUGAGGUUUGGAGAGACGGAGAAGCGAGUUGGGCGGAGAACGGGCGCUGCGGAGGAGGCGCAGAGGAGGCGGGGCUUCCAGCCAAACGGGGCGGAGCCCAGAGCCGGACUGCACUCCGACCACGCCCACUUUACCCCAGUGAAGCCGCUGAAUGACGGCGCUGAACUCACUGUGGGCUAUUCAGGCUUUCCUCUCUCCAGAAGGGUCUUAUUCUCUAAAGGGUUCACUUUAGAUUCUACUGCAUAUCAGAAAGAAAGGAGGAGAAACAUCUGUAAAGGUUUCAUUGUGGAAAUAUUUCAGAUGUCAGAAAAGAAAAGAGAAAAAACUAUAAGAAAUCCAAAAGUUUUACUUUGGAAAUAUUCAAAAAAAAAAAAAAAAAAAAACAGAAACAAACUUUCAACCAAAAAAUUCUAAAGGUUUCACUUUGGAAAUAUUUGUUGAAAUAAAAAAUACAAAAAAAAAAAACUUUGGAAAUAUUUAAUGAUUGAAAAAAACUUAAUUCUAAAGGUUUCACUUUAGAAAUAUUUGGACAAUUGAAAAAAAAAAAACUACAAAAAUCCAAAAUUCACUUUGGAAAUAUUUGAGAACAAACAAAAAAAAAAACUAAAAAAAUUUUUUUUUGUCAAAUGAAAAAUAGAAAAAAUCCAAAACUUGUACUUUGGAAAUGUUUGUCAGAUAUUUAAGAUGUCAAAAAACAUGUAAUUGUUUCACUGUGGAAAUCUUGAUGUGAAAAAGAAAAAUUUUGGAAAUAUCUAUCUCUAUGUUUUUUAUAUAUCUUAUUUUUCUGUCAACAAUGAAAAAAACUACUUUUAAUAAAAACACUGAAAUGAA